AUGUCCGUUUGGGUGGGCAGUGGCUGCGCCGGCGGCGGUGAGGUUCGCCCGCCGCCCGCCGCCACCGCCACUCUCAUGUCGACCAACACUUCUAUGGAGUCGGGAAUUGAGGCGGGGGUACUGCCCACAGUUACGGGAUCCCUCGCCUCAGCACGGGACUCUCUGGGAUCCUUGUCGAGAGCCGCUGAACCCCUCUAUGAUACAGAUCACACUGAUCUUGGCUCAGAAAUUGAUGAGGCGGACAUCAGAAGGGAGUUGAUGCACGAUUUUGAUCCAGAGGGUUUUGGUGAAAUUCCGUGGCCAGAUUUCCUUAAGACACUUCAGCAUCCCGACUUCAUAGCACAGGUGCCUCAUCACAAACGAGAGGUAACAGCAUUAUUCUGUAUUACCAUUGUCUUUAGUAUCUAGGAAAUCAUUUAAUAACGUAAAAAGUAGCCUAUAUGUUUAUCCAAGCAAAACAUCAAAAUCCGUUCAGUAGUUUUUGCGUGAAAGAGUAACAAACAUACAUAACUACAAACACUAUCACAAACUUUGGCAUUAAAAGUAUUCUUUAGUGCUAAUAAGUAACUUUAUUUUUCUCAUAAGACGUAAUUUUUCUUAAUAAAUCUACUCUAA